ACUCCGCCCACUACCACUGAGCUAGCUGUGCUGUUACUGCAGCAGCUGGAAACAAACCACAGCACCGCAGCAGUGUCGCUAGCAAGCAAGCUUACGAGCUCUUGUGAGUUGAGCGUUUCCGGGCUGCGAUGGCGGCAGUUGGAGUCCAGCAGACGAGGGUCGCAAACUGUGUGACCAAGGUGUCGCUGAGCAUCUCCUGUGACCAUCUGCUCGACAUGGAUGCAUUCUCAAAGUCCGACCCUCUAUGUGUGCUUUUCAUGAACUCCUCUGGAAACCACUGGUUUGAGGUUGGCCGCACGGAGAAAAUCGAGAACUGCCUCAGUCCCAAGUUUUCCAAGCCUAUUGUCCUUGACUACUACUUUGAGAUGGUGCAGAAGUUGAGGUUUGAAGUGCACGAUAUUGACACUGAAAACUGCAGUCUGCAAGAGGCUGACUUCCUGGGACAGCUGGAGUGUACCUUGGGACAGAUCGUGUCCUCAAGAAAACUAACAAAACCACUUGUUAAGAAGGACAAGAUGCCUGCAGGAAAGGGAACCAUUACUAUAUGUGCAGAAGAAAUGACUGACAACAGAGUGGUGGCAUUUGAAGUCGCAGCAAGAAAACUGGACAAAAAGGAUUUUUUUGGCAAAUCCGACCCUUUCUUGGAAUUCUACAAGCAGACAGAAACUGGAUGGCAGCUGGCUCACAGGACAGAGGUGGUGAAAAAUAACCUAAAUCCCGUUUGGAGGCCAUUCCAAAUCCCAAUUCAGUCACUUUGUGCAGGCGACGUCGAGAAACCUAUCAAGAUUGACUGUUAUGACCACAACAACAGCGGCGAUCACGACUUCAUUGGAACAUUUCAGACCUCACUCAGUCAAAUCCAGCAGGCAACAGAAACAUUUGCGGCGGAAUUUGAGUGCAUCAACAGCAAAAAGAAAGAGAAGAAGAAAGGAUAUAAAAACUCUGGCAUCAUCAUCAUAAAAAAAAGCAAGAUAGUGAGGGAGUACACGUUUCUGGAUUACAUAAUGGGAGGCUGUCAGAUUAACUUCACUAUUGCAAUUGACUUCACAGGCUCCAAUGGGGAUCCCAAAUUCCCCCAGUCACUCCACUACAUCAACCCUCAGGGCUACAAUGAGUACCUGGCAGCCAUCUGGGCGGUUGGUAAUGUCAUCCAGGACUACGACAGUGAUAAGAUGUUCCCUGCUUUUGGUUUCGGAGCACAGAUUCCUCCUGCAUGGCAGGUCAGCCACGAGUUUCCCAUCAACUUCAACCCAUCCAAUCCAUUUUGUGCAGGUGUAGAGGGUGUGGUAGCUGCCUACCAGCAGUGUCUGCCCCAGGUGAAGCUUUACGGCCCAACAAACUUUUCCCCAAUCAUCAACCACGUCGCCCAUUUUGGAAGACAGGCGCUGCAGCAGCAAACUGCAUCUCAAUACUUUGUUCUCCUGAUCAUCACUGAUGGAGUAAUCACGGACAUGGACGAGACACGCAACGCCAUCGUCAACGCCUCUCGUCUGCCCAUGUCUAUCAUCAUCGUCGGGGUCGGAGGGGCGGACUUCAGUGCCAUGGAGUUCCUGGAUGGAGACGAUGGGGUUUUGCGUUCGACAACGGGAGAGAACGCCAUGCGGGACAUCGUGCAGUUUGUGCCAUUCCGGAAGUUCCAAAAUUGUCCUAAAGAACUGCUUGCUCAGAGCAUCCUGGCAGAAAUCCCAGAUCAGGUGUCUGGCUUCUUCAACACCAUGAAUUUGAAGCCGCUUGAGAGCUGCACUCCUACUUCUGACCUCUCAGCAUCUGCGCCACCCCUUCUGUGAUUUAUUCUGAAACUAUCUUUCCUUCUUAAUGUCUUACCUACAAAUGUCUUGUGAUUCCUCACUUGGAAUUUUUUAGGAAAACUUCCUGCAGCUACAGGGUAAAGCCAUACUGCGUUAAUGUUAUCAGAGAUUUCCUAAUAUAUGCUAAUAUGUGGAAAUUUAUGUCAGUUAAGUGCCAGAUAUAAAUGUUGCUUUUAUUUUAUUACCUUUAUUAAAGGAUUUAUUGUAACUGUGUUGUAUUAGGUGAGUUGUUAUUGACUGUUGGUCACAUGACAGGGUCUGGAGUAUUUAACUGGGUACUCCAAUUUUGUGCUUAUAUCAUCUCCUCUGUAUUACAGCCAUAACUUUGUUGGUUUUCACCAUUUCAUGUUGUAAUGGAAAGUAUACAUUUCAGUUUAAUACGUUUUAAUUUAAAAUUUCCAGCAGAUUUCAGGUGUGAUGUAAUAAGUUUUACAAAAUGAAUCCAUAUGUACUGAUCCCGAUGUUCAAAAUAAUACAUUUGUUGUUCUGUUUUUAUAUACGUUUUUACAGUUAUGUGAUUUUGAUUAAAAAUACUAAAUGUGCUUGCAUGUCUUAAACAAAAAGAAUCAAAGUGAUUAAGAAAAUCCUUUUUUUACACAGUGUACUUUUUUGAUUUUUACUUUGUCUUAAGAGAAAGUAGCAAAAAAAUGUACUUCAACAUUUAUUAAAUCCCCCGAUACAUUUCCCUUGGUGUAUGUGUAAAUUCAUUGUUGAUAUUUGGAGCUGUUUACACUGAUGACUGUGGCGUUGCCUUAUGCACUAUACUUGUCUUUGUAAUGGACGCUAACUUUGUCAGUAUUUUACUUUGUUAUAAAACACAAUGGAAGGAAAAAUGCCAUGAGUUAUCCUUCUGCAUUCUUGUCAUGGUGAAAAAAUACUGCAACAGCCAGUUUUGCAUGUUGUUCUUCGUGUCUGUGUGUAAUCCAGUUCAAGAAAUAUUUCUGAGCUUUUACAGGUGAGACUUCAACUCAACUGGUGCAACUAAAGCAAAAUCUCUUCCCUGUCAGUUUUGGUAUAAAUCUAUAUUUUAAAAAAAUGAAUUUUUGGUGUUCUUUUUUUAUUCAAUGCUAUUUAUAUUCCUUAUUAUUCUGUUUUAUUUUCUCUUUAUAUAUAUUUUUGCAGGUAAUACAA